AUGGCUCUUGAGAAGAUUCGUGCCUUCGAGUCGCGUGUCCUUGCUACCACGACUGGCCAUUGUUGCGGCGCGGGAGCGGCGUUGCCAAGACGCAGGGCAGACGCAGAGACACCACAGGGUCGCACAUACUACCUGAUGCAUGGUGGUUGGCGGAAGGGCCGGACGUGCCUCGGCGGCGCGACGGCCUGGACGGGAGGCACUGACACGUCUGGCAGUGUUCGUUAG